GGGAGCCAGGCGGGGCCGCUGCCCGCUGCCACACGGAGCCGCCUCCGAGCGCCCCGCUGCCGGCGGGGGGCUGGCGGCCGGGGCUCCGCCGCGCCGGAGCAGCGCGUAGCCAUGCUUCGUUGUAGUUGCCCGUAGGUAGGUCCGUCCGUCUUGCUUCCCCUGUCCUCCCGCACGAAAAAUAAUGACAAUGUGGUGCCACGCUGCCUGCCGGAGAUGCUCGUAAGAUGGUGCACGCGUGUCACGCAGCGCCCGCCGGGAGCCCCCAGGUGCGGGCGGGGUCGCGGCAGCUCCGUCCCGGCCCGGAGCCCGGCGGCUGUCGGCGUGCCCUCACCUGGGCUGCGCCGAGCGGCGGCCGCGGGCAGCGCCGAGUGCUCCGGGCUCAGCGUGGAAGGAGCAUCCUCACCGCCAGUUUGGUGCUGCUCUCUGGUGCUGCUGCUGAGGAAACCUCUCUUCUCCAUGCUAACUGUUGACAUGGAAAACAAGGAAAAUGGUUCUCUGGAUGUCAAGAAUUCAGUAGAAAACGGGAGACCUCCAGAUCCUGCUGACUGGGCUGUUAUAGAUGUUGUGAAUUAUUUCAGGACAGCUGGAUUUGAAGAACAAGCCAGUGCUUUUCAAGAACAGGUGCUGGAUUUUCUUCAUUUGGAUCCCUCCAAGCUGGAGGCUGUUCUUACUCCAUAGCGUCAUUGAACGGUGGAAAAGGCAACUUCAGAUCAGUCGUAUCAAUGAGCAAAAUACUCAGUGGUGUCAGAAUUUCCACAAAAAGAAUUGUGACAAAUGGAAACAAGAAAAUAUCAACUGUUUUUAACUAUUAACAUUCUGAACAGAAAUUGGAAGGAGGUACCUGUUGUAAUUGGGUAAAAAGUUAUUGGAAAUGUGAUUUUUCAGAAAUACUGUUACACUGUGUUCUUCUGGAGGGAUUAGCAAUUAUAUCUCUUGGUGAGGUUUUAAAGAAAUUCCACUUUCAGCAGAUGUUUGAUUAUAUUAUGCUUUUUCCAUCUAUCUUGUAUUUUAAACUUUAUCAAAUCAUGAGAGAGAUUGGUCCAAACAAGUUACUAUUGAACUCUAAUGUGCCUUCUUGGUCUUUUUUUCAUGUUAAAUUGUAACCAAAGGUAUGAUCAGUGACAUCUGCAAAAUAAUAUUUAGUGUAUGUAAGAAAGAUACUGCAGUGGGACUGUUUUAUGUGUGGUAUUUAUCUAUAGUUUUAUAAAAAUACAAAAUUGUGGUAAUACAUAGGAAUGGAUGACAACGAUAUAUGCAGGCAUUUGAAUUUGUUGGCUAUUGAUGCCAAAUUCAAAUUUAUUUUUUAAUUAAAAGUAGAAAAGAAUGCAGUGAAGUGAAGUCCAGUGCAAGAGAACAUCAUAAGAUUAAAGACUUCUUUGGGCUGUGAUGACCUUGUGAGGCACCAGUUGAUGCAUUGCUUUGUAGACGUAGCUCGUUUCUUGCAUAGUGCAGAGGGAUUGAACUGUGACAGUAUAAAUAGAAGGAUGGUCGUGUGUCUGAAACGGAGGUGGGAGUUGUGAGAUGUGGAUUCUUUUUGCUUUUAGAUGCACGGUGAAUCGUUUACAGUUAAUUUGCAAACAUAUGACAAGGUUAUCAGAUGGGGGGGAGAAAAAAAGAAAAGCCUGCAGGAUUUCUAAUCUAAAUAGGUCAGAAAGCCAAGAUUUGAGAGAGGAAACAAAAAAGCAUAAAGAAAAAAAAAAAAAAGAAUGAAAACCCUAUGAUUUAAAAGUGAAAGGUAGCCGUUGUGGAGAUUCAGCCUGGGAAGUUGCUGCCUUUUCCACUGUAGUUGAAGGAAUUUCCUUUGGAGUGCUGAGCUCUGCAGUUGGAUCCUUCUGAAAGUUCUCAUUGCAGGAGUCUCCUUUUCCCUGCAGGGUGUGUGGGAAGUUGGCCAUUUAAAGCAGGCACCUGAAGUUAUGAGCAGGUACUGACUAGUCCAAACUUGCACACUGCUGUCAAUGGUAAUUUUGAAACACAUUUCACUGCCUUCUCCCUAAGUGUGUCCUUUGCUUCCUGGCUGUUAGUUAGGCAAGCUGUACAUGUACCUAUUAAUUUCAAACAGAUGUACAAGGAGGGAGUUUUGAAAUGAGGCUGAUUUGGGUUUUGUGCUUGACUAAAUAGUAUUUAUGCAUUAGUCAGCACAGGUGAGCACUUAAAAAACCAAACAGCAGAUGUUAGCAGCUGCAAACAAUUAUUUCAGGAAAAUAAAAGGCUACUAUUUCUUUUCUCACUGAUCCUCUGUAGUAGUCUUCCAUUUGUUGCAUGAUUGUUCUCAGCUAUUAGAUUUGUACGUUUUCUUUAUCAAUUCUUUAAUUCUUCUUAUAGGAAAUUGAUGGCAAAUCAUUACUGUUGAUGACAAGAAAUGAUGUACUGACUGGACUUUCAUUAAAACUGGGGCCUGCGCUGAAAAUCUAUGAAUAUCACGUAAAACCUCUACAGACACAACAUCUAAAGAACAACUCUUUAUAGCGAAUUGUCUAAUUGGGGUCAUGUUGUGCCUCAAACAGUAAAUAAACAAUUUGGUUUCAUGUGAUGGAACUUUGUAAAGAGAGAAUAUAUUAAGAAUUUAAACCAAAUUUAGAUAUUUAUCCUAUUGGAUAGAGUUGGCAAUAUACUGUAUACUGAGUCUGAAUUGAGAGAGGUGGUGUGUAUUUUUCACAUAGUGCAUAAUGAUUUUCUCUUUUAGGGUUUGUCAGUGAGCAUGUUGAAAUAGCUACAUCACUGUAUCCAGAACAAAAGGGAGGUAUGUCAUUCUCAUUUUUGAGCCAGACAUGUUCUUAAUAUUGUUAUUUAAAUGCAAAAAAAUCAAACAAAAGAAUAAUAAAAUAAAGUUUACGUGCAUCUUUGGGAGAGAUAAACCAUUGGAAGUAUCUUCUGGUGUCCAAUGAAGACCUACUAAAACUAUUAUUACUUGUGAUUCUGGGAUGGGACUGACGCUUGCCAACUCACCCUUUUUUGCAGAGGGUCCUAUUUUGACCUUAUUAAGGUUUAUUUGUGGUAUGCCGCAAUGUUUAAAGCUGUACAUAAAACUAACAUAACCCCUUCGAUAGCAGAAGGUGUUGCUGACAGGUGAAACUGGGUUGUGUAUUUUUUGCUGUCCUCUAAAUUUUCAGCUUGUUUUCACCUGUUUUUAACGGUAGCUCUAUGUAAAGUAUAGCUGGUUUUUAAAAGUUUGUGUUGCUUUGCAAACGAAAGAAAUAAAUCAUUCUUUUUUAAUUUAUGAUAACUUGUUUUCUAACAUUAUGCAGAAAUUUGUUAAACAAACCUGCACAUUUUUAAUAUUGUCUGUCAUUGGUGUUGUAAUGGUUUAUUUUUUUAAUGCUUUACUUAACAGUUUGAAUACUUGUUUUAAAAACUGAAAGAAGCUGUCUUGUCACCAUACAUCUCUGUUAAAAGAGAGUCUUGUUCAAUCUGUUUGUACCAGUUCCCUAUUUGAUAGGUUGCUUGCUAUAACCCAAUAAAGCAUUGCUUAUGUUUGAA